UAGCCGCUUCCUAAGGUACUGCAGCAAAACUUCCUUUUUUGAUAACUCUUGUUCUGGAGAUGUUGUGGUUGUCAAGAAAAUGAAGGCCAAGUUCGAUAAUGGGCCCCUAGUGGCGUCCCAAGCCUAAGGUACUGCAGCAAAUCUUCAAUUUUUGAUACCUUUUUUUCUGUACAUGCUGUGGUUGUGAUAUUUUGACAGGUACGUCCGUGAGUGGCUGGCCAUCAUGGUGACGGCCCGGAUCGUGGAGUACGACAGGCGGCAGCGGACCUACUUCCUCCCGCCGCACCGCCGGGCGGUUCUGCAGCUGCACGCCGGGAAGAACGUGGCCCAUAUGCCGGAGUUCCUGCGGCUGCUGGCCGGGGUAGCCACGGAUGUGGCCGACUGCUUCAAGCUGGACGGACCUGAGGGCGUGCCAUAUUCGGCGUAUCAUGGGUUGCAAGCUUGGCUGGCAAACAUGAGGAAACAAGAGAUGGAAAAUAACCUGGUGGACUACUUUGUACCGACGAUUCCGGGACUGAAGGAACGUUUGGGUGAGAAACACAACUUAGAGUCUGGUAUCAGGGUCCAUGACGCAGGGUGCGGCAGGGGAAUCCCGACCCUCAUCCUAGCGCAGCACUUCCCUAACAGUACGUUCGUCGCCACCGACCUCGAUUCUGAACCCGUCCAAUGGGCGGCCGCGGAGAGUAACCGGCUGGGAUUGGUCAACACUACGUUCCAGGUGCAGGAUCUGGUCAAGCUGCCCGCUGAUUGGUCAGAUUCGUUUGACUACGUGCUCGCCUGGGAUGCGAUACACGACCAGGCAGAUCCGGAGGGCGUGCUCCGAGAAAUCUACCGCACGCUCAAGCCCAAGGGUCUGUUCUCCAUGGUCGACAUGAGAGGCCACACGGAGUUAGCGGAAAACCUGGACAACCCAGCGGCCCCGAUGCUGUACGGCGCCAGCUUGCUUCACUGCAUGCCCGUGUCGCUGUACUUCGGGGGGAGGGGCCUGGGGAACAUGUGGGGGCAGGAACUGGCGGUAUCCAUGCUGCAGGAGGCCCGGUUCACUAACAUCCUGGUCCUGGAUGUGCCCAACAUUCAUGCCAAUCUUCACUUCCUGUGUCAGAAGCCAUAAAUCGUGAGAUCGCGUGGCGCAGCGGCU